CGCACGAUCUUUCGUCUUUCCCGCUUGUCUAGUCGCCGAGCGUCAACACAAUGCGGAUAAGGUUAAGUCCAUCCGACGAAGUAACAGUGUUAGAGCAGCAGUUGAACGCUCUGGGUCGCCCGGAAAAUGUUCACGAAUUGGAGCUCACCAACUGCGUGGUCGCGGACCCGGACGACCUUUGCCGGUGCAUCAUACGCUGCACGGAGCUUCGCAUGCUUUACUGCGUAUCCAGCGGGAUAAGGUUGAAGAGUCUUAUUAUCAACGUGCUGCCGAAGCUGCCGCACUUGAGCCACCUCGAGUUGACGCUCGACGAAUGUGUGGACCGAGAGGAAGCGUUGACGAUGCUGAGCACGAUCCGAGCAAUGGAAACUAUCUCCGGGAGCCUUCGCCACUUGUACGUCGAAGUUUCCGGUUUGCUCAGAAUUCGAGUUCUCAGCGCAAUGUUGGAGAAGCUGCCGAACUUGGUUGAACUGCACGUUCACAAUCUGCGCGAGUUGCUGACCCUAGCAGUUCGUGACAUGGAAAGUUUAUGGCGCCAGGCUCCCAGAAUACAGAUCCUCAAGAUGACAUCGGAAGCACCCACAGAAGCUCAGCAAGAACCGGUCGUGAAUAGGCCGUUGGAGGAACCUGCUAUCAGCAACUGGGCCAAGGUUUGCGGCAACCUCCUGCUUAGGCGAAAUCCUCCAACAAGGAACUGCGUUCGCGCAAGGGAUCUCGCCGUUCGUGUCGAACCAUUGCGUCCCGCAGAGCCGCUUAUCGUGGUGAUUAACAAUGACGAGGGGAUACCCACGGCAGCUCAAAUUCGCGAAGCGGGGACACGAAACCACUGGCGUGAUGUACGUAGCCUUACUCUUGUACUCGUCAGGUCGGGAGAUGCUGCCGAAGAAGUUGCCCGAGCUGACGCCGACAUCGCAAACGGGCUCGUGACCUUCUUCGGGCAUUUCAAGACUGGUUCAUGUUGUCACCUCAAGGAGCUUAACCUGAGUUCGUUCCACUUCAAAGACGAGGCGGACUUCACGAAUGUUUUGAUUGACGCCGGACUGAAGACGCUGACGGCCCUUUCCGUCACACCCUGUGGCGUCUGGCAUCCGGGUGCGAUGGGCCGGCUGGCGAACACUUGCACAGAGCUGGACGACCUCGACAUUCGCGUGUACACGGAUUAUCGAACAUGUUCCCGCUGUUGGCAGCCUCUGGAACUCGGGGCCAUUGCAGAAAAUCAUCUAACAUGUGGUCGUCUCUCCUUCUCGAACGUGAAAGAGUUCGCUUCGUUCGAUUUUCUGAGCACGUCCCGAAUAUCCGAGUUUCGCAUGUCGGGCAAGUGCGAUCAGGCCAUGGUACGCUUGAAGAGCCUGUUGAGGAAGUUGCGUCCAAAUACGCUUCUGCGCUGUCUCGUUCUCAGCUUUCCUGGCAUACGCUACAACCAAGACAUGUAUCAGGACCUACCAAUGCUCACUGGCUUACGAUUCCUGUGUCUACAGACGCCCAAUGCGCAUGACGAAUUAACCGCGCGAGUCUUCAUCGAAUGGGCAGCCUCUCAGUUGAGCUCGCUCGAAGUAAUGCACGUGCAUUUCACCCACCACCUAACAGGAAUGAUAGAGCGGUGCACAUGGAUGCGGAAUGCAGAGACAGCUGAACAACUUGAGUUGGGUGACGACGACGCAAAUCCACUUGGCCCGGCACCGGGCAGUGUCUUCACAGACCGACCGUGCGUGAUUUGUUCGACGCAGACCUUCAUUGGGCUUAUCAAGCCGCACAAUCGAGGAGCCAGGACGCAGGUGUAGACUGCUUCCCGGUGUUUUAACGAUGUAACCGAGUUUAUUCUCGUUGAUUUAUUUUUACUGAAAUAAACUGCUAAGUUUUGUGUAAGAAAA